AUGUCAAAGAAUUUAAUUUUAUUAAUGAUAUGUUUGAGUCAUAACUAUAAUUGUUUAGCAAAUUUUCUCGAAGAUAAUGGAGAGUUGACACAAAUGUGUGAUCAAACCAAUAGUAUUAGAGAUCAAUUGAUUUAUAAGAAAGACAUCAUAACAAUGGAGUCGAGCGAAUCCAUCGGUGAAGAUCAACGACUAUUCUUUAGACUUUUUCGUCGUUUAUUUCCUGUAAAUGGAGGUCAAAGAGUAGGAGGAGGUGGCGGCAGAGUUCGGGUGAUUAGAGGAACCAGAAGAAGUGGUACCGGAAAUGCUCCGCGAGUUCGGAGACGAAGAAGAAAUAGACUCAAUAAAAGUAAAAGAAAUAAUAAUAAUAAUAAUAAUAAUCGACAAAAUUCAGUAAAAAGAAAUUAA